UUCUUCUCUUAACUUCGGUAGUCGUAUUUGGCGUUUGCCUCUCUGCCUCAACUUAUUACCACUGCUCUCUGAACCUCUAAUGGCAAAGAUUCUUCUCUUCAUAACUCUACUUACAUAUUAAACUUUUCACUACUUAUUAUUAUUUUCUGAUCUGAGUUUCCAAUAUUUUCUAUCAGAUAAUUUUUUUUCUUUCUUAUUGACAAAAUAAUCUUUAGGUUCAGAAGGACCACUUUCUGAAUAUAUUGGGCUUUUAUUAUAUCGGUUUGAUAAAAUCUUAAGGGAUGCGUUUUUGGUUAAGGAUGAAAAUGGUGGCUGUUUCCUGAAAUAUCAUCUACAUUUGGACAUUUCAGUUUUUACUGUGAUUCUUGAUACUAGGACAUUUCACCAGCAAAGUUUCUUUAUUUGGACAAUGGGUAGAGGAAGAGGAAAGACAAAGAAGCAAUCUGUUCGUGAGGAUCUUGUGAGUGGUGAAGAAGAGAAGAUGCCGGUGAGGAGAAGGGGAAGACCACAGAAGCCGAAGAGUGAAAUAGAGGAAGAAGAGGAAGAAGUUGAGAAGAUAGUGGGGGAUGGAGAUGAUAGUGAGAAAACAAAAGGUUCCGUCUUGAAUAAAGAUAGCAAGAACCAAGUAGCCGAGGAUGGAAAGAAGAGGAAGAGACCUUCACAAGUCAUGGAAAAUAAGGAUUCAGUAAAGGAGGAAAAUGGAGUUGGAACUAAAACUAACUCUAAUGACUUAAUAAAGUCGGUUGGAUUCAGACAAAUUGGGAGCAGAAGGAAAAACAAGCCUAGACGAGCUGCUGAAGUUGGUGUUGAGUGCAGAUGAAACGGUUCUCUUUGUGUUUGUGAACUGACUUUAUGAUUAUUUACAUGUGCUUAUCUAUUUUAGUCCAGUUAUAACUUCUUCUUUUUGGAUUAAAUUUUGUGCAAACGGAAUUUUGUGAAGAUUUAUGCAGCAUGUUUUAGCUUUGCUGAAUGUAUUGCUGCCAAAUCUCUUUGCGAAUUCUCCCAUUUUACAUGUCUCAUCAAUAUUGAGAAUGAUGUUUCUCCUUUACUGUAA